AUUCUUUUAGACGAAUUUGAAAACAAGAGCCACAAACUGCAAGCAACAACAAGAUGCAACAAUAAAGAAUGUUUUAAUUGAAGGUUGAAGAGGAAGAAGAAGAGUUUAGGUUCACCAACUGGUGGUUAGGGUUCCACAAUCCCCAAUUUUCAAGCAAUCAUUUCUUAGCCACUACUAAUCAAACCACCCAAUUUAAGCAACACCCAUUUCGAUUCCCACCCUUUGUCAAUAAACCCACAAUUCCUUUCUUCCAAUCAUUCUACAUUUUAAUUUGAGUUUGAAUCUUGUCCCCACGUGAUGAGAAUGGUAGGUUUGCUUCUUUCAUAAUUAAUAAUCAAUCUUACUGUUGUCGUGUUGUAUUAUGUAAUUAAUGAAUCGGGUGUUUCUUCAACUAUAGAAACUUGUGAUUCAUUUGCUUCUUUUCUUAUCCAAUCAUUACAACCUUCAUUCAUUGUUUUGUUCUGGGGGAUGGUCAUUGUUCAAUGAUUAGGAGGGUUGGAAGAAUUUAUUUCUGCUGCUUUGGUUCUGUCUUCAUCUUUGCUCCACUUCAUAGGUAUUACCACCAACUUCUAAAGGGAUUAUCCACCAGCCAUUGAAAUCAGAGAUGGCUACUUAUUAUCCAAGUUCCUAUCUUUCGACCCAACAACAACUUGAUUCUUAUCAAGAAUCGCCUUGUCCUCCAAUCGAUAUAAUGUACCAAAAUCAUAACUCAACAGAUGCCUCUUUCUUGGAGCUUUUGACUACUAAUCCGCAGUCAAACCCCCAAAAUCUUUCGAGAGUUGAAAAUCAUCAAAACUUGCAAUAUCAAGAAUUGUCCCUCAGUCUUGGAAUGCAAAUAACUUCUUCCAUGGAUUUGCCUUCGUUCCAAUACAAUUACUUGAAUCCCCAUCCUCAAGAUUCAAGUGGCCAUGGCGCUCGAAGCAAUAAAAUGGAGAACAUUGACUAUUUGUCAUUCGAUAGGGCUGUGAACAAUCAAAUUCCAUCUGGGGUUGUGGCAAGAAUUUAUAGUUCAAGAUAUCUGAAACCAUCACAGGAGUUGCUUGAAGAAGUAGCGAAUCUUCAUGAAGCUAUGAAGCAAUUAAAGAUGAACAAACGUAAUAAUGUUCAGAAGAUUGGGGUUGAUAGGUACGAUGAAAAUGGUUCAAGAAUUGACUUUCAAUCAGUUCCUCUUGACUCAGCCACCAGUUCCUCUGGUGAGCUUUCGGUUUCUGAGAAACAGGACCUUCAGAACAAGAUUGUGAAACUCUUUUCGUUAUUAGAUGAGGUAGAUAGGAAAUACAGAGAAUACUGUCAACAAUUACGAAUCAUUGAGGGAUCAUUAGAUAUGGUGGCUGGUUGUGGAGCUGCAAGAUCAUACACUGCACUUGCUCAUCAAACAAUAUCGCGACACUUUCGUUGUUUGCGUGAUGGAAUUAACGACCAAAUUCAGGCGACCCGUCAAAGGCUCGGAGAGCAAGAUGAUUCAUCAGAAAGAGUUCUACCGCGUCUCCGUAAUGUGGAAAAGCAACUCAGACAACAAAGAAACCUUCAUCCGCUUGGCGCGAUGCGCCAUUCUUGGAGACCACAACGUGGUUUGCCUGAAGGCUCCGUCUCAAUCCUUCGUGCUUGGCUGUUUGAGCAUUUUCUGAAUCCUUACCCGAAAGAUUCAGAGAAGAUCAUGCUAGCAAGACAGACGGGCCUUACCAGAAGCCAGAUUGCAAAUUGGUUUAUCAAUGCAAGAGUGCGUCUUUGGAAACCAAUGGUUGAAGACAUGUAUAAAGAAGAAUUCAAUGAUCAAGAUGUCAACUGUAGAUCUUCACCAAAAAACGCACAUAAACCAGCAAUAGAUCAGCUGCCUCCUUCAGAUGACAAAGAUAAAGAGUUGCAGAGAAAUAUGAGUUCUAUGCCUGUUCAUAAUGUCCAAUCUAGCGACUCUAAUCAAGAAUAUGUUAAUGAUUUGGCAGACCAAUACAGGUUUGAUGAUCCUCAAUUGUUGACUGAUUUCGUGGUGUAAUGAAAAAGUGGGGAAAUAUACAGGUACAUGAACACGUACAGAUAUGGGUUCUUGGUUGGAAUUUGUGAAUAUGGGUGGUGUUUUUGUUGUACGUAUAACAAAAAGUUUUGUUCGAAGCAUAGCUUCUUUGUAAAGAUAUACUUAACAUUCUGUCUAUGUAAUAAAGCA